AUGCCCUCACGCGCCUCGCGCAGACUACUCACCUACAUCGUGCUGCCCACAGCAGCGGCCAGCUACGGCAUCCACCGGGGACUAAGCCACCUGGAAGCAACAUACCCAGAGCUCCCCAUAGACAAAACUACCAGCGUAGCAUUGCGCACUCCCAGCAACCCAGAGGAAGCAGCGAUGCGCGUAUAUCGAUGUCUACUCGGCGCGCAUCCCGCUCGCAGCGCUUCAGGCGCGAACACGCGGCAAUGA